CGUCACUUCCGGCGGUGCAGCAGCCAUUUUGUCAGUCGCCAGCGGAUCCCGCGCGCUGGAGAAGUGCAGUUCCCCCUGGUUACUAACUCCUCGGUUCUCCUUUCGCCCUGCGGGUGCUGUCGAAAAGUGCUCACGAGAGACGCAGCCUUUCCUCCCGACAGUGCCGCCGCUACUGUUGCGUCCGCCAGGAGCUAGGGCGCUGUCUUCCCCUCCACUGACAGGCGCCCUUAGGGAGCCGCCGUCCGCGAUGUCAAGCGAGGAUAGCUACCGGGCCAUCCUGCGCUACCUGACGAACGAGCGCGAGCCAUACGCUCCGGGCACUGAGGGCAAUGUCAAGCGUAAGAUCCGCAAGGCGGCUGCCUGCUACGUGGUGCGCGGCGGGACCUUGUACUACCAGCGGCGGCAGCGGCACCGCAAAACCUUCGCAGAGCUGGAGGUGGUGCUCCAACCCGAGCGGCGUCUGGGGCUCAUCGAAGCGGCGCACCUGGGCCCGGGCGGCACUCACCACACCCGGCAUCAGACCUGGCACGACUUGUCCAAGACGUACUGGUGGCGAGGUAUAUUAAAGCAAGUCAAAGAUUACAUUAAACAGUGUAGCAAAUGCCAGGAAAAACUAGAUCGCUCCCGUCCAAUAUCAGAUACUUCAGAAAUGUUGGAAGAACUGGGACUAGACCUUGAAUCUGGAGAAGAAAGUAACGAAUCAGAAGAUGACCUGAGCAAUUUUACUUCACCUCCAACUACAGCCUCCAAACCUGUGAAAAAGAAACCAGUAUCCAAACAUGAACUUAUAUUUGUUGACACUAAAGGUGUGGUAAAACGGUCUUCUCCAAAACAUUGUCAGGCUGUCUUAAAACAGCUGAAUGAACAGAGACUCUCCAACCAGUUCUGUGAUGUUACUUUGUUAAUUGAAGGAGAAGAGUACAGAGCCCAUAAAUCUGUUUUGUCAGCUAAUAGCGAAUACUUCCGAGAUCUUUUUAUUGAGAAAGGAGCUGUUUCCAGUCAUGAGGCAGUGGUGGAUCUUUCUGGUUUUUGUAAGGCAAGUUUCCUUCCUUUACUGGAAUUUGCCUAUACUUCUGUGUUAAGUUUUGACUUCUACAGCAUGGCUGAUGUAGCUAUCUUGGCUCGUCAUCUUUUCAUGUCAGAAGUUUUAGAAAUCUGUGAAAGUGUACAUAAACUAAUGGAAGAGAAGCAGCUAACAGUAUAUAAAAAGGGUGAAGUACAAACAGUUGCAUCUACCCAAAACUUGUCAGAACAGAAUGAAGGUACACCACCUCCUGUGGCUAACAGUGAGGGAAAUCCAACAACUUUAUCUACUGAACUUGGAGAUUGUGAAAUUGUACUAAUAGUAAAUGGAGAAUUGUCAGAAGCUGAGCAGAAUGGAGAGCCUGGACGACAGGCAGAGCCACAGGUUUCUUCAAAGGCUGAAGGUGCUGUGUCAUCUGUAGAAUGUAUAACUGAUUCCCAUCCUGAAAUGGAGUCUAUUGAUUUAGAAACAAAAAACAACCAGACAGAAAAAGAAACUUCAAACAGCAAAGAAGAGAGCACAGUUUCUAAUAUUCACCCUGAACUUUCUAAAGAGAAUGUAAUCAGCUCCCCAGCGAACAGUGAUAUGGGAAAUGAUGCAUCAGCUGAGGAUAUCUGUGCUGAUGGCAUAUCAGAACACAGGCAGAACCUUGACCCACCUUUAAAAGAUCAGGAAAAUGUAGUAGCACAGGCCAUGAAGGCAGACCCUAUUCCUGAUGUUGAUACUUACAGAAGUAGGCUUCGGCAGCGCUCUGUUAGUGAAGGGGGAUAUAUCCGACUACACAAGGGAAUGGAGAAAAAGCUGCAGAAACGGAAAGCUGUUCCUAAGUCAGCAGUUCAACAGGUGGCCCAGAAAUUAGUUCAGAGAGGAAAAAAGAUGAAACAACCCAAAAGGGAUGCUAAAGAAAAUACUGAAGAAGCAGCAUCCCAUAAAUGUGGGGAAUGUGGAAUGGUUUUUCAGAGACGAUAUGCCCUUAUAAUGCACACACUGAAACAUGAAAGAGCCAGAGAUUACAAAUGUCCAUUAUGUAAAAAACAAUUUCAGUACAGUGCCUCCUUGCGAGCCCAUCUUAUUCGACAUACCAGAAAAGAUGCACCCACUUCAUCCUCUUCCACUUCCACAUCUACUGAAGCAUCGGGAACAUCAUCUGAGAAGGGCAGAACCAAACGAGAAUUUAUAUGUUCCAUAUGUGGAAGGACAUUACCUAAAUUAUAUUCUCUUCGAAUACAUAUGUUAAAACACACAGGUGUAAAGCCACAUGCAUGCCAGGUUUGUGGAAAGACUUUCAUCUACAAGCAUGGUCUAAAGUUACAUCAGAGUCUCCAUCAAUCACAAAAGCAGUUCCAGUGUGAACUAUGUGUUAAGUCAUUUGUUACCAAACGGAGUCUUCAGGAACAUAUGAGUAUUCAUACAGGAGAGUCCAAGUACCUUUGCUCAGUUUGUGGAAAGUCCUUUCACAGGGGCUCUGGGCUCAGCAAGCACCUAAAGAAACACCAGCCAAAGCCUGAGGUUCGAGGCUAUCAUUGUACACAAUGUGAAAAAAGUUUCUUUGAAGCCAGAGAUCUUCGCCAGCACAUGAAUAAGCAUCUUGGUGUGAAGCCAUUCCAGUGCCAAUUUUGUGAUAAGUGCUAUAGUUGGAAGAAGGAUUGGUAUUCCCAUGUGAAGUCUCAUUCUGUCACUGAGCCUUACAGGUGUAAUAUAUGUGGUAAAGAAUUUUAUGAAAAAGCAUUGUUCAGAAGGCAUGUAAAGAAAGCUACUCACGGGAAAAAAGGAAGAGCAAAGCAAAACCUGGAACGAGUGUGUGAACAAUGUGGAAGAAAAUUCACUCAGCUUAGAGAGUAUAGGAGACACAUGAACAACCAUGAAGGAGUUAAGCCAUUUGAGUGCUUAACAUGUGGAGUAGCUUGGGCUGAUGCCCGAUCUCUAAAACGCCAUGUCAGAACACAUACUGGUGAACGGCCUUAUGUCUGCCCUGUAUGUAGUGAAGCCUACAUAGAUGCUCGAACACUCCGCAAACAUAUGACUAAAUUCCACAGAGAUUAUGUGCCUUGCAAAAUUAUGCUGGAAAAAGAUACCCUUCAGUUUCAUAAUCAAGGAACUCAAGUGGCGCAUGCUGUUAGCAUCUUAACAGCAGAUAUGCAGGAACAAGAAAACAGUGGUUCUCAAGAACUUGAGACUGUGGUAGUGUCCGGGGAAACUAUGGAAGCUCUCGAAGCUGUUGCAGCUACUGAAGAGUGUGCAUCAGUAUCUACACUUUCUGACCAAAGUAUUAUGCAAGUGGUUAACUAUGUAUUGGCACAACAGCAAGGACAGAAGCUCUCUGAAGUUGCAGAAGCUAUUCAAACUGUUGAAGUAGAGGUGGCACAUAUAUCAGAAACAGAAUGAAUAUAGCAAUGGAGACAAAAAGAAGUGACAUCUUAUGAUCAUUGAACUUUUGGAACAUUUGUUUACAAGACUGUGUGACUAUCUGCUUAGAGUUUGUAUGUCAAGCUUCUGGGCUGUUUGGUGAUGUGAUAUUUCUAAACGGUUAGCUCCCCCAUGGGUUCUGUAGAAAAGUCCAUUUACUGUAAAUUGAAAACAAAUCCAUUUGAUAGCAGUGGUUUAUCAUGGUAUACUUUUUAUGAAUUAAUGUUUAUAAAGGACUGCACUAAAUUUAAAACUACCAUUUCAUUUGCAUUUUUACAUAACUUCAUUAUGUAUUUUGAGUGUAAAAGGCUACACCAGUGGGCUUUUCUUCCCUUUUAUUCUCAAAAUACAGAGGUAAAGUUCUGUGAUUUCAUUUGCCCCAUUUAUGGAUUAAAAAGAAAAUUAUAAUAUGAAGCAUUUUAGUAGAAUGUAUAGGUGUAUUACAUUUUUUUAAUGCUUGAAGUCUGUGAUUCUUGACUUACUAUUUAUUUUAACCCCUUCUAAGUGGGGGAUUCUUUAUUUUAAAGCACUUAAUGAGUUACGUGUUGUAAUCAAGUUUGCACAGUAUACUUAUCUAUAUGGGGAACCCAUAAAUGAAUAGCUGAUUAUUAAAAUGCCAUUAAAAUGCAUGAAAUGCCUAUUAGCCUUGUAUUAUCUCCUCAAGGCAAGUAAAUUGACCACAAGAGAAUUGUUAUUUAACACUGUUGACAGGAAAUUUCUCCUUGAAAACGGGACAAUGAUUGAAAAAAAAAAAGCAAAACCCCUCAUUCUUUUGCUAAAGAAUGAACAAGUUAAAACUAGAUUUAGUAUGUUUUCUGCCAUUGUAUCAUGUUUAAUUGUGUAAUUUUGUUGAAAAACUGCCAGUUAGAAGUAGGGUGGCAAUAUAGACAUUGCAGUAAGUCCUGUGGAUACCAUUAUAAUUGUCAAGUAAUUUCAGAAAUACUGAAAAUUCUUCAGUACAGCCCUCAUUAUCAUAUACUACUUGAAGAACUUAAUUAAUUAUGGUCCACCAAAUUCUUGAAAGUAAAUUAUUUUAAAAAGUUACCUGGAAACUAAAUUGCAUUAAUUCAUGUGUUGAUUUUAAAUUCCCACAUCUUCAAGCUAUCCAGUUUUCUGAUUUUCAAAAUAACCAUGAGAAGAUGCCACAUUUCUCUCCUGUGAGAAACUACCACUAAUGCUAUAAUUGUUAAAAUUAAACUUUUAAGUAUUAGAAUCUAUUAUAAGGUGUAAAAUUUAUAAAUAAGCAAAUCACAAGUAAAUCAUUCCUAAAGCACAAGAAAAGAAUGUGCCUUGAUGUACAUAUAUUAUUAAAAUACUUCGCUUUACUUUAAAAAUGGCUUUAAGGAUAAAGAAUAAAUGUGAACACCAUGCAUGCAUUGUACCUGCAUAUGUAAUAUUUGCAUUUGCAAAUCUUCCAUUGUUUUAGUAGCCUUGUGGCUGACUUUCAGUUUAAGAAGUGAAUUGACAUAAGCCCAUUACUUUAGAAUGGCUGCGUGUUUACUGUAUCUUUCAUUUACUGGAAAUGUACUUCAACCUGACUAAAAUUCAGAAUUGUGUCUUUUAUGUUCCAUCCUCACCAUUGUUAUUAGAGUUAGUUAUUUGUAUAAGACCAUUAUUAUAUGUCAUAAAUAUGUUAAAUAAAAGAUGUUGAACCUUG